UGCACUUUAGUGGUAAAUUAAUGUACAGAAUUUUUUGUAGCGGUACUGUUAUUCAUGAAGUGUAUCUCUUACCAAAUACCUUAACUGAACUAAGUACAUCUUCAUAACGAAGUUUCCGGAUUAACUUUAACUUUAAGACCGAUGCAGGAUUCACUUCAUUUAUUCAUCUUGUAAGUUGUCCAGCCAGGCUAUCUUUCAAAAGUUAGUUUCAAUUGUUACAGUAUUCCAACUUUUAGUACUUCUAUAGUUUUAACUCCGAAUGCAAGGGCGUGGAGUUCAGACUCACCCAAUGUGAGAUGAGGACAAGUUAGAUUUUAUCAUGUCAUUAAAUUGUAUGCCUCACACUUCUGCCAAAGUAUUUGUGAAUAAACGAAGCUCAUUUGACACAACUGGAACAUGAAGCCGUCGCUGGAUAUAAAAUAAUGUCAGGGAUUGAAAUAGUAACUCGAAAUAGCCUUUCGUCUUUGAGGAGUAGUAGCCAGGCCGGACUAUUGAUAGAAAACUCGGUUUUUGACGACCUAGACGACCGCAACUGGUCGUGGCAAUACCUAAAGGAUCAGUUUCAACAGAAAGGAGCGGAAAGUCUGUUCUACAAAUAUCAAGCACGUGUGCAACACGCGCUUUAUGUUGGGUUUCUGAUGCUGAAUAUGGUGUACUACGCUGCUUCUAUAUUCUUAUUAUUUCUUCUGUCACAGGAACCAAGUGAUAUCAUUCUUGAAGUUUCUCUUCGACUUGUUGGACUGGUUACCCACCUUAUUCUUUUCAUUCUAGCUUAUAAAGAAUCAUUAUUUCAGACCAGUCGAGUAAGACUGAUAGUGUCCUGGUUUACUGUGCUCAUAAUGAUGUGUAGUGAAUAUGGCUGCAGUGUCAAUGACUUAGUUACCAUGUGGGAUCAACCAACUAAAAUUUUCCAUCAAGUACGAUCAACAUUCUAUAUAAUACUAUGUAUAUAUGUUAUGUUACCAUUUCCUAAAAAGUAUCAAAGUGCCACAGCAUCUUGUACAGUGUCAUUGGUAGAGGUUAUUUUAAGUUGGCUGGAGUAUCAUAGCUUCAAAUCAAAACCAAAGUCUUUUGCCAUCAUGCUUGCAGCAGAUGUGGUGUUUUAUGUGGUAAUUUGUGUUGUUGGUGUAUCUUUGAGGCUUCUUCUCGAACUAAUGUGUCGUCGAGCCUUUAUGGACAGACGAGAAUGUAUAGAGUCAAUAUUUUUACUUAAAAAGGAGAAAGAGCGAGAGGUAACUAUAUCUGUUCUUUCUAUUUAG